AGUGACGCUUCUCAACUUGCAAUAUUGCCUUCAACAGAAUGUUCUGUCAACAAAAAUGCUGAAAGUAUUAGGGUUUCUGUUAUUCAUGUAAAUGAAAAGGAUACAUCGUCAAAUGGUAAAUUGCCAAAUGCAAUGUGGCAGGCAGCUGUUAAAGGUAACUACAGUGACAAUGGAAGUGACUCAAACUUGGAAAAAAAUAGUGCAGAAAACUUCCUUGAUUCAAGAAGUGCUGAUGGUGGAAAGGAAUCAUCUAAAUAUCACUCCAUCUCAAGUAUGACUUCAUUUACUUGUAGGAAUACGCAUGUUGAAGUUGAGCAAGAUAUGACCACUAGAGAUGCAUGGAAAGAGUCAUGUCCAAAAAUCUGUAAAGACAAUGUUGAUGAUGAUGGAGUUGCAAAGAGUGAGUUCGUUUGCAGUAUUGAACAGAUGAAUGACUUGACUCCUGGAUUGUCUCAAGAUCGAAAUUUGGUGAGCCAUUCUACUCAUGAGUCAUCUACAAAAAUCCGUGAAGACAAUUAUGGUGGUGGAGCUGCAAAGUGAGAGUUCAUUUACGAUAUUGAACAGAUGAAAGACGUGACUCCUGUUGGUGGUGAGAUAUCCAUCAGUGCUCUGAACUAAGGCCAUCCGAACACCAAAUGAGAAAGGACCUCUUGGAGGUCUUGUAUUAAUGUACAUAUUUUUUGCAGAAAUGUGACUCCCGAAAUCAAGCAAAGGCCAUCUUUUGGAUAUUUGGUAAGAUAGAAUUUGUCAAGUUUCGUAAGGCCCUCAACGCUUCAUAUACAUGAAAUGUUAAAUGUGGAAGUACUUUCUACAAUCUGUUAAGAUGAAAGCUGCAAGCGACGCUAUGCGGAGAAGCUGUAACACCCAUCAGAUAGUUAAAGAUCGUCUCAUGCAAACGAAACUCGUAAGUCAUACCAUGAAUGUGCUUCCACCUAUAGGGAACCAUGGCAACAAACAAAAUUUACAGUUCACGCAAUUUCCUACUCUUCUAAUCUUGGGAUUUUGUGUAAA